AUACAUAAAUUGCUUUGGGAAAAGGUCCUAAAAAAUAAUUAUAUACUGGGCCCCCCCUUCAGCACUUUACACAUAUCUAUCUACUCCUACCUCACCUACAUCACCUGGAUCAACAGCACUUCCUACCAUCAUCAAUCCAUUCCCCUUCGUCGGUCGAGUCAGUUCAGCCUGGCCAGCUAUAUAUCAUUCCAAUCCCCCGAACUAUCUGUCGGAGCAGCCAUCGACGAAUCCUCCUCCUCCUCCCCCUUACCAUCUGCCCCAUCCCUCUCUCCCACGCCCAACCCUUAGACCCAAUCAGCCCACAACGAUUAUCCCUACCGAUCUACUAUCUUUCGAUCAGAAGUGAGAAAAAAAUUAUUUGAGACACCGCCUCAGGACAAAAAUAAGUUGGAGACCUCAAAACUGCAAUUCCGUCCAACAACCUUCCCCAUUUUGGACUGGGCAGCAAGCAACGCGACGCAUCAUCGCACGGAGCACUGAUAGCGGAAGAUAAGCUUCCAAAACAAGCCCGCGCGAUUUAACGAAACCCAAUCCCCGUUCAUCCUUCUCGAUUCCUUCCCCCUUGUCCUGCCACCUGCAAGCCCUGCUGUUCCGGGCGCGGGCGGAGACAGCCUUUUCCAUACCAAGGAAAAGCACCACGCACGUAGUAAAAAAAAAAUUAUAAAAGGUCGGGGAUUUAUUUUCCCAUCAAACCGUCAAACUGGCUACCAACAGGAGACGUGGUAUUAAACCACCAGCAGCGCCUAGGACUGCUUCCACGGGGUCGCGUGUUAAGGGAUUGAAGGCGGGUAGCAACGUUGCUACCGACGUAGAUGCAUGCAUGGCGACCAGUUUUUUGCCUUUCUGGUGAGCUUUGCUCUGCUUUUGGCUGCGAUUGAGAUGCUAACAUGCUUCGUCGUUUGAAGCGCACAUUGCGAGAAGCAGAUCGUGGUGCCGAAUACGAAGAUCCUCUACUGCUCGGAGAAGUGUCGGCGAAAGGACCAGUCGAAACCACCACCACUAUCACCAACUCUCUCCAGUGCUCCAUUCCAUUAUACCCCGCCGCCCAGCCACAUCCCCGGUCCGACGAGAAACUACGUUGAGCCCUCAAUGCCUACAGCGCCCCGCGCUCUGCCAACCCCCCCAUCCCCGCAGCUCCAUCCGGCCUACUCCCCGCCGGAGCCUGCUCCUCUCCCAUCGCCGACGUCCCUUCCGUCUUCCCCGUCGAGUAUGCACGCUCCACCCCGGCGGCCACCCAUACGCACCGCGAGCACGUCGCAGUACCACACGCGGCCGCUGCCACCACUACAUAAUCCGGAAUCAUACUCUUGCUCCCCACGCUCCAUCGAUCUGGUAACGCCCUUCAUGGAGGGAGAGGACACGGGACCGCGCUCACUUCCGACAAAGGAGUUUGAGGAACAAGUAGGUAGCCUGAAGACUCUAUUCAAUUUCGACCGCAUCCGUGGAAGGCCCACCUUCCCCGAGGCCAAUGCGCCGGCUGAGAGGCCGCCUCUGGCGAAUGGGUUUUUGGCAAGGGGAUCGAAUGGGGUGGGUCGGAGUCCGUGGAUGUGA